AUGACGACAGUUGACCUCCAACAAACCGAAUUCCUAGAUGAACCAUUUUCAUUGGCCAAUGAUGUGAUGCAAGUCUUUUAUGUUAUGGACAUGUCAAGCAAACCGAAGAAGAAGAAGGAUGACAAGAAGAACAAGAAGAACACGAACGGCAACAAGAACGAUGACGAGGAUAAGUCAAGCGAGCAACCAAAGCGUCAUGUUGUUCUUAAGGGCAAGAGAAGAAUAGUUGGAGUUGAGGACGUAGUAGAUAAGGAAGCGUACAACCAAUUUGAUGAGCUCCCGCCUUUUGGAAAGGAUGUGCACAUCAACUUGAUCAAUGACAACAUUGAAGAACCUUACGUUCGACAUGACCAUGAAGAAGGGAUGCUUUCCCGCUGCCUCGGGUCUGACACCCGCGCCCUCCUCCCCGUCGUCACCGUCUCGUCGCCGUCAUCGCCCUCCCCGCCGCCGAGCUCCUCCCCGCCAUCGCCGUCGGGACUCCGGCCCGACGCCACCAUCCCCGCCUCCGAGCUCCUCCCUGCCAUCGCCGUCCGUCCCCCGCCACGGCGCCGCCCUCCCCGUCUCCACCAGCCGUUCCCCUGCCUCACAGCCGACGCCGUCCGUGCCGCUACCUCCUCCGCCGGCGCCCGUGGCCCUGCCUCCUCUGACGCCGCCCGUUUCCCUGCCUCGCCGCUAACGCCGUCCAUGCCGCUGCCUCCUCCGCCGCCGCCUGUGGCCCUGUCUCCUCCGACGCCGCCCGUGCCCCUGCAUCCUCUGUCGGCGCCCGUUCCCCUGCCUCACCACCGCUCCUGUCUCUGCUACAGGUGA